UUUAUAAAAAUGAAUCUAAGACACUAAGUAAUGAUAUAUCCAGCAUUAAUUCAUACCAACAAAAGUCGUUCACGAAAGGGAGAAAAUUCACUAGCAAUUAUUAUCAGAACGUGUCGAAAAGGUGUUCAUACAGUGCCGUAAAAUACGGGGGCAACAGCUGGUGUAUAGCGAUUGAUAUUGAUUUAAAGCACGCGGAGCCGGUUGCCGGGCAGUCACGGGCUAAGCGGUACGUUGAACAGGAGACCGGGACUCAAAUGCCUCCCGAGUGCGAGGAAAUAGAGGGCCACGAGGAGAAGACUUCCUGCAUCGAUGGCAGAAUCAAAGAACAUCUGCAGUUUUCGCCAACCUUCACGCUAUGCGGUCGUCGGACGAUGGUGAAUAAAAUCUGGUGUCAAGAAGGAGCAAAAAAGUGGUUUUUUAAGAAAAAUCAACCAUUACAUCCACGAGUUUUGUCCGAACCAAAAUGUCAGAAAUAUGUAGCCACCUGGUAUCUAUUAUAUCGUUGGUUAAUUUUUAUGGCCUGGGCUUGUAUUGUCAUAUGUUCAAUUUUCGAAUUUGGUAGUUACAAACCUAUGUUAGCGUACGAUAAAUGGCCAAUUUAUAUGACCAACUGGGAUUUAGUAUUAGGAUUCACUCAAGCUUUACUUGGCGGUUUUCUCGUAUUGAGAAGAUGGAAUCUACAAAAGUAAUAUAUUAUUUGGUUGGUGGAGUAGACAAGAAUGGUUACCAUUAUAUCUAUAAAAUUCUUGACUGGAAAAAACCUAUUCAAGCUUCAUUGGUGUGUAUAGGUGAAGCUAUCUUAAUAACCAUAUUGCAUUCUUUAAUGUGUUUCUUAGAUAUGAUAAAGAAUAGAUUGUAUUUGAAAAUUGACAAAAAAUUAGGAAGAUCAUAUUUAGAAACACAGAUGUCUAAAAGAGAAAAAAAUAUCGAUAUUGUUUAAAAUAAAAGUGAUAAUAGGCAAUUUUUUUUUUUAUAUAAUUUUAAAACGUAUUAUUUGUAUUUUACAAUUAUAUAUUUAAAAAUUGUAAUUUCCUUAUAUAUUUUUUUAAUUACAAAAUAGCGUAAAGGAAAAUGAAAGUGAUUUUCUUACAUUCUUUAAUAAAUAUUUAAUAAGACUUCGACAAUAAAUAUAUAUACGAAAUUGUAAAACAUAAAAAUGUACGUUUGUGUAUUUAUGAUUUAUAUAAUUGUAUUUAUAAUUAUAUUAUUACAGAAUAAUAUUCCUCAAAUUAUUUUUAAAUAAACUUUAAGUUGAUAUAAA